ACGCGCGAGCCUGUGACACAGACGCCAUUUUAUUUUUGAAAAAUCAAACAGAAACUCGGGGGAGGCUAAAAAAAGAAACCCGACUUUUUUAUUUUUAAAAAAUCCUAUCGAGAUCUUUUUUUCCUUUUUGGAGACGAGAAAUCCUGGAGAAAAAAUGAUCACCAAGCCGUAAUUUUGUAUGCUUUCGAGAUGUCCAACCGGCACUCGCAUUGAGGGACCGCACGCUGAAUCACGACCCACUGAUACGGACCUUGCCGGAACGCACGGACACUACUUUGGCGCCAGUGGGGGGGGAGGGGAGCAGAAGUAACCUAUCACUGAAGUGACUAAAGGGGAAUAAUGGUGAUUUUGCGCCGGGCUCGGCCGCCUGCUUCCGCCCCGACCAGCAAUGAAUCUUGACUCGCUCUCGCUGGCUUUGUCUCAAAUCAGCUACCUGGUGGACAAUUUAACCAAGAAAAACUACAGAGCCAGCCAGCAAGAAAUACAGCAUAUUGUGAAUCGUCACGGCCCUGAGGCAGACAGACAUCUAUUACGCUGUCUCUUUUCCCAUGUGGAUUUUAGUGGCGAUGGUAAAAGCAGUGGCAAAGAUUUCCACCAGACACAAUUUCUGAUCCAGGAGUGUGUGUCCCUUAUCACGAAGCCAAAUUUUAUUUCAACUCUCUGCUACGCCAUUGACAAUCCUCUGCACUAUCAGAAGAGUUUGAAGCCUUCGCCACAUUUGUUUCCUCAACUAAGUAAAGUUCUCAAACUAAGCAAGGUUCAGGAGGUGAUCUUUGGCCUUGCUCUUUUGAACUCGAGUACCGCAGACCUUCGAGGGUUUGCGGCUCAGUUUGUAAAGCAGAAGCUACCUGAUCUCCUGCGCUCGUACGUGGACGCCGACCUCGGAGGUAGCCAGGAAGGUGGCUUCCAGGACAUUGCCAUAGAGGCUCUGCACCUGCUGCUCUCACACCUCCUGUUUGGGCAGAAAGGCUCCAGCGGAGUCGGGCAAGAACAGAUCGACGCCUUCCUCAAAACACUGUGCAGAGAUUUCCCGCAGGAGCGUUGCCCUGUGGUGCUUGCACCACUGCUGUACCCUGAGAAACGGGACAUUCUCAUGGACAGGAUCCUACCAGACUCUGGAGAGUUAGCCAAGACCAUGAUGGAGAGUUCCCUUGCGGAGUUUAUGCAAGAAGUUGGCUAUGGCUUUUGUGCAAGUGUCGAUGAAUGUAGGAAUAUAAUCCUGCAGUAUGGAGUGCGAGAGGUGACUGCCAGCCAGGUGGCCAGAGUGCUUGGCAUGAUGGCUCGCACUCACUCUGGCCUUUCUGAUGGAAUUGCGCUACAGUCCAUCUCAGCUCCGGGUAGCGGCAUCUGGAGCGACGGGAAAGACAAAAGCGACAGCUCUCAGCUGCACAGCUGGAAUGUAGAAGUUCUGAUUGACGUUGUUAAAGAGCUUAACCCCAAUCUGAAUUUCAAAGAGGUCACGUAUGAGCUGGACCAUGCAGGCUUCAUGAUCCGGGACAGUAAAGGGCUGCAGAUUGUAGUGUAUGGUAUUCAGAGGGGUCUGGGUAUGGAGGUCUUCCCUGUAGACCUCAUCUACAGACCAUGGAAGCAUGCAGAAGGACAGCUCUCCUUCAUCCAGCAAUCCUUGAUGAGUCCGGAGGUGUUCUGCUUUGCUGAUUACCCCUGUCAUGCCGUCGUCAUCGACAUCCUCAAAGCUCCACCUGAGGAUGACAACAGGGAGAUAGCCACAUGGAAGAGCCUGGACCUGGUGGAGAGUCUGCUGCGACUGUCUGAGGUGGGCCAGUACGAGCAGGUCAAACAGCUUUUCAGCUUCCCCAUCAAGCACUGUCCGGACAUGCUGGUGCUGGCACUGUUGCAGAUCAGCACAUCCUGGCACACGCUGCGCCAUGAGCUCAUCUCUACGCUCAUGCCCAUUUUCCUGGGCAACCACCCCAACUCUGCCAUCAUCCUACAUUAUGCCUGGCAUGGGCAGGGCCAGUCACCAUCCAUUCGGCAGCUCAUUAUGCACUCGAUGGCGGAGUGGUACAUGAGGGGAGAGCAGUAUGACCAGGCCAAGCUCUCGCGUAUCCUGGAUGUGGCUCAGGACUUGAAGUCUCUCUCGAUGCUGCUAAAUGGUACUCCGUUUGCCUUUGUUAUUGACCUUGCUGCACUUGCCUCUCGCCGUGAAUACCUCAAACUAGACAAAUGGCUGACCGAUAAAAUCCGAGAGCACGGGGAGCCGUUCAUUCAGGCCUGCGUAACUUUCCUGAAGAGGCGCUGUCCCACCAUCAUGGGAGGACUGGCUCCGGAAAAAGACCAGCCAAAGAGUGCACAACUGCCUCCAGAAACUUUGGCUACUAUGCUAGCCUGUUUGCAGUCCUGUGCAGGGAGUGUGUCACAAGAGUUGUCUGAGACAAUCCUGACCAUGGUGGCCAACUGUAGCAAUGUGAUGAACAAGGCUCGCCAGCCUCCUCCAGGUGUCAUGUCAAAGGUCCGGGCACCCAGCACCAGCAGUCUGGACGCUAUUUCCCCAGUGGACCCUCUCACUGCGAUGGGCUCUCUCAAUCUGGGCAGCUCAGCCACCUCUCACACUCAGAACAUGCCAGGCUUCCCCACGCCUCUGAGCUCGGCCUUCAGCAACCCUCAGUCCCCUGCCAAGGCCUUCCCCCCUCUGACCAACCCCAACCCUAGCACGGCCUUCGGGGGCAUCAGCAGCCUCUCCUCACAGCUCCCAGGUCCGUUGAGUUCAGGCAGCUUAAGUGGGAUUGGAUCAGGCUUGGGCAUGCCAGCAGUGAGCAGUGACCCGUUUGGCCCAAGGAAGAUGAGCACACCAGGGCUGAACCCACCCACCUUCCAGCAUUGUAGGUUUAAGAACUCUGACCUCUCUCAGGUGUGGCCCGAGGCAAACCAGCACUUCAGUAAAGAGAUUGAUGACGAGGCCAACAGCUACUUCCAGCGAAUCUACAACCAUCCCCCUCACCCAACCCUGUCUGUGGAUGAGGUGCUGGAGAUGCUGCAGAGGUUUAAAGACUCGAACAUCAAGCGGGAGCGGGAGGUCUUUAACUGCAUGCUUCGCAACCUUUUUGAAGAGUACCGUUUCUUUCCUCAGUACCCAGAUAAAGAGCUACACAUCACCGCCUGCCUGUUCGGGGGCAUUAUUGAGAAGGGCCUGGUUACCUACAUGGCCCUUGGUCUCGCCCUACGAUAUGUCCUGGAAGCUCUGCGCAAACCCUAUGGCUCCAAAAUGUAUUACUUUGGCAUUGCUGCACUGGAUCGGUUCAAGAACAGAUUGAAGGACUACCCACAGUAUUGUCAGCACUUGGCCUCCAUAGGCCAUUUUCUGCAGUUUCCUCACCACUUGCAGGAGUAUAUAGAGUAUGGCCAGCAGUCCCGUGACCCCCCGGUGAAGAUGCAGGGCUCCAUUACCACACCAGGCAGCCUGGCGCUGGCUCAAGCACAGGCUCAGUCCCAGCCUCCUAAACCCCCCCAGCCUGGCCAAGCCAGCACCCUGGUGACCACCACAACAACCACCACCACCGUCGCCAAAACCUCCACCAUCACCAGGCCCACUGCAGUAGGUUUUAAGAAGGAUAUGCCACCUUCAAUAAACACCACAAACAUCGACACACUACUUGUGGCUACAGACCAAACAGAAAGGAUUGUGGAGCCUCCCGAGAACAUUCAGGAGAAGAUAGCUUUCAUUUUCAACAACCUGUCCCAAUCCAACAUGACUCAGAAGGUUGAAGAGCUGAAGGAGACUGUGAAGGAGGAGUUUAUGCCAUGGGUGUCUCAGUACCUUGUGAUGAAGCGUGUCAGUAUCGAGCCAAACUUUCACAGCCUUUACUCUAACUUCCUUGACACGCUGAAAAAUCCGGAGUUUGUUAAAAUGGUUCUGAAUGAAACCUACCGAAACAUUAAGGUUCUCCUGACCUCUGACAAGGCAGCUGCUAAUUUCUCUGAUCGAUCCCUGCUGAAGAAUUUGGGCCACUGGCUUGGCAUGAUCACUCUAGCAAAGAACAAACCCAUUCUUUAUACUGAUUUGGAGUUGAAAUCUCUGUUACUGGAGGCUUAUGUGAAAGGCCAACAAGAGCUGCUAUAUGUGGUCCCCUUCGUGGCUAAAGUCCUGGAGUCGAGUCUGCGUAGUGUGGUUUUCAGACCACAGAACCCUUGGACCAUGGCCAUCAUGAAUGUAUUGGCCGAGCUACACCAGGAGCAUGAUCUGAAGCUAAACCUGAAGUUUGAGAUUGAGGUGCUAUGUAAGAACCUGUCUCUGGACAUUAAUGACCUGAAACCUGGGAACCUGCUGAAAGACAAAGAAAAGCUGAAAAAUCUAGAGGAGCAGCUGUCUGCACCAAAGAAGGAAACUAAACCUCCUGAAGAAAUGCUGCCUGUAGUUACUUCAGCUGCUCCUUCAGCUCCUGCUGCCACAGCGACCACGGCCACCACGGGGCCACCCACACCACAGUUCAGCUACCAUGACAUCAAUGUGUAUGCACUAGCAGGCCUGGCCCCCCACAUUAACAUCAACAGCAAUAUCCCGCUGCUGCAGGCACAUCCCCAGUUGAAGCAGUGUGUGAGGCAGGCGAUUGAGCGCGCUGUGCAGGAGCUCGUCCACCCUGUGGUGGACCGCUCCAUCAAGAUCGCCAUGACCACAUGCGAGCAGAUUGUCAGGAAGGACUUUGCCCUUGACUCAGAGGAAUCACACAUGCGCGUCGCCGCCCACCACAUGAUGCGCAAUUUGACUGCCGGAAUGGCCAUGAUCACCUGCAGAGAGCCGCUUAUUAAUAACAUCACCGCCAACCUGAAAAACACCUUUGCAGCUGCCCUCAGGGCUCCCACACCCCAGCAGAGAGAGAUGAUGGAAGAGGCGGCUAACCGCAUCGCUCAGGAUAACUGUGAGCUGGCCUGCUGCUUCAUUCAGAAGACCGCUGUGGAGAAAGCUGGACCAGAGAUGGAUAAGAGAUUGGCCACUGAGUUUGAGCUAAGGAAACAUGCUCGUCAGGAGGGCCGGCGCUACUGUGACCCCAUGGUGCUCACUUACCAAGCAGAGCGCAUGCCAGAGCAGAUCCGCCUUAAGGUUGGUGGUGUGGACCCUAAGCAGCUGGCUGUUUAUGAGGAGUUUGCCCGCAAUGUGCCAGGCUUCCUGCCAAGCAAUGAUCUAUCCCAGCCCACUGGAUUUCUGGCCCAGCCUAUGAAGCAGCAGCAACAGGCGUGGCCUACGGAUGACAUGGCACACAUCUACGAUAAGUGCAUCUCUGACCUAGAACAGCACCUACAUGCCAUCCCUCCAGCUUUGGCUAUGAACCCACAAGCCCAGGCCCUGCGCAGCCUGCUAGAAGCUGUGGUAAUGGCACGCAACUCGCGUGAUGGCAUCACUGCACUGGGUCUGCUGCAGAAAGCUGUUGAGGGUCUGUUGGAUGCCACUAGUGGUGCAGAUGCUGAACUGCUGCUGAGCUACAGAGAGUGCCACCUGCUGGUGCUGAAGGCUCUGCAGGACAGCCGUGCCUAUGGGCCACAGUGGUGCAACAAGCAAAUCACCAGGUGCCUGAUCGAGUGCCGUGAUGAGUACAAGUACAACGUGGAGGCAGUUGAGCUCUUGAUCAGAAACCACCUAGUCAACAUGCAGCAAUAUGACCUGCACCUUGCACAGUCCAUGGAAAAUGGCCUGCACUACAUGGCAGUGGCGUUUGCUAUGCAGCUGGUGAAGUUACUGCUGGUGGAUGAGCGCAGUGUGAGCCACAUCACUGAAGCUGACCUGUUCCACACCAUCGAGACUCUCAUGAGGACCUGUGCACACUCCAGAGCUAAUGCACCUGAAGGCCUGCCCCAGCUGAUGGAUGUGGUUCGUUCCAAUUACGAGGCCAUGAUCGACCGGCAACAUGGAGGACCCAACUUCAUGAUGCACUCUGGGAUCUCACAAGCAUCUGAGUAUGAUGAUCCUCCAGGCCUGCGUGAGAAAGCGGAGUAUCUGCUGAGGGAGUGGGUUAAUUUGUACCACUCAGCUGCUGCUGGCAGGGACAGCACCAAAGCCUUUUCUGCCUUCGUGGGCCAGAUGCAUCAGCAAGGCAUCCUGAAGACUGACGACCUCAUCACUCGUUUUUUCCGGCUGUGCACAGAGAUGUGUGUUGAAAUAAGCUACCGUGCACAGGCUGAACAGCAGCACAACCCGGCUGCCAGUGCUGCCAUCAUCCGCGCCAAAUGCUACCACAACCUGGAUGCUUUCGUCCGCCUCAUUGCCCUGCUCGUCAAGCACUCCGGGGAGGCCACAAACACGGUCACCAAAAUCAACCUGUUAAACAAGGUAUUGGGCAUUGUAGUGGGCGUGCUGAUCCAGGACCAUGAUGUGAGGCAGGCAGAUUUCCAGCAGCUGCCAUACCACCGCAUUUUUAUCAUGCUGCUGCUGGAGCUUAAUGCCCCUGAGCAUGUGUUGGAGACCAUCAACUUCCAGACCCUCACUGCCUUCUGCAACACCUUCCACAUCUUGAGGCCAACUAAAGCCCCUGGCUUUGUGUAUGCCUGGCUGGAGCUCAUCUCACAUAGAAUCUUCAUAGCCAGAAUGUUGGCGCACACGCCACAACAGAAGGGAUGGCCCAUGUAUGCCCAGCUGCUGAUUGAUUUAUUUAAGUUCUUGGCCCCCUUCCUGAGGAAUGUAGAGCUCAAUAAACCUAUGCAAAUCCUCUAUAAGGGCACCUUGCGGGUUCUUCUGGUCCUGCUGCAUGACUUCCCAGAGUUCCUGUGCGAUUAUCACUAUGGCUUUUGUGACGUGAUUCCACCCAACUGCAUCCAGCUGAGAAACCUGAUCCUGAGUGCCUUUCCCCGCAACAUGAGGCUUCCGGACCCCUUCACUCCCAACCUCAAGGUGGACAUGCUAAGUGAGAUUAACAUCGCUCCACGCAUUCUCACCAACUUCACCAGUGUGAUGCCCUCCCAGUUCAAGAAGGACCUGGACUCGUACCUGAAGACUCGCUCGCCUGUCACGUUCCUUUCCGAGCUGCGCAGCAACCUGCAGGUGUCUAAUGAGCCAGGAAACCGCUACAACAUCCAGCUGAUCAAUGCUCUGGUGCUGUAUGUAGGCACACAGGCCAUCGCUCACAUCCACAACAAGGGUAGCACACCCUCCAUGAGCACCAUCACCCACUCUGCACACAUGGACAUCUUCCAGAACCUCGCAGUGGACCUGGACACUGAAGGCCGCUAUCUGUUCCUCAACGCGAUAGCCAAUCAGCUGCGUUAUCCGAACAGCCACACGCACUACUUCAGCUGCACCAUGCUCUACCUGUUCGCUGAAGCUAACGCAGAAGCCAUUCAGGAGCAGAUCACCAGGGUACUACUGGAGCGAUUGAUCGUGAACAGACCGCACCCCUGGGGACUGCUCAUCACUUUCAUUGAGCUGAUAAAGAAUCCUGCCUUUAAAUUCUGGAGCCAUGACUUUGUGCACUGCGCACCGGAGAUAGAGAAGCUGUUCCAGUCUGUGGCUCAGUGCUGCAUGGGACAGAAACAGGCCCAGCAGGUGAUGGAGGGCACGGGUGCCACUUAGGAUGCAGGACCCGUCCUUCCUGCGCCCAGCAAGAGAAACGCCUCUCCAGUCUUCCCUUUAGCCCUCCACCGACUCCCUGCUCCGAUCCGUUCAUCUCAUCUCAGCCAGCACUGGACUACCUUCACCUUUAACAGGGACUGCCGCUCGCCCACGCUAAACUAUUUAGGGAUGAUCUUAGCAAAGGGGGGGACUGUUAAACAGUCUAUAAACAAACUUUCACUGUAAAUAUUUAGAUAAGGGACGAGCAGAUUUUGUGUAACCUUUCCCUCUUGCUAGCCAAAGCUGAGCUCUGACAACAAGCAUGAACCACAUGCUUUAACUUUUUUUCACUUCUGGUGCACUCUGAUUUUAAUUUUUUUUUUUUCCUCCCCCAUGCUUCCUUGAGCUCCUUUUUUUUUCUUGCCUUGAAGACCUUUUUUGUUUUUUUGGUUUGUUUUGUUUGGAAGCCUAAAUCUAAUGGUGUACACAGAGGCUGUCUUUAAUUUUUUUUUCCAGAUAUUUUUGUUUUAAAAGGGAGAUCCAUCGGUGUGGAGAGCUGAUGGGCUCGGCACACGUGCUGUCCUAGAGUGCAGCGGCGCUUUUUGGAGUCACUGGUUUUUGCACCGAUUCAAGACCGUGGGUAGGAGGUUCUCCCUGGCACUUGUAAAAUUGUGGAAAUAUUCAGAAAUUUGAUGGUAAUUUGAGUCUUUACAGUUUGUACAAAGAUCCAAAUUGCAGAACACAAAGGAGGACCAAUACAGCCCAUUUUGUAAGGAUUUUGAAUGUUUUGUAAAUGUAUUGGUCCGCGUGUUGUAUUUUGUAGUUAUUUCUAGUUGCCUUUAGUUCUUGCUACUUAUUUCCUGUAUGUAUGCAUUCUGUAGUUGGCUGCAAUUAAACACUUGAUCUGCA